UUCACAGCUUCCCCUUUGCACAAAGCAACCAAAAGCUUGCAGAAGUUGCAGCUAGCGCUCUUGUUCAGACCUUUUGGUCUGUCGACGUUUCAGGUAAGGUUAAGUUGAAACGAGUUUAAGAUUGGGUUGGAAAUAGAGGAAGGAAAUGUGUCUGUUGAAGCCUAGAUUAUUGAACCAGCAGGUCCAUCUUGUAGUAGUAUACACUUUCGAUUCUGCUUUCACUGCAAACACUUCGUGAUUAACUUUGGCGGUUCAGACUUUCACGAGGUGAACGCGGUUAGGAGUAUCGGGAGUCAUUCAGUUCCAGAGAGACAUCUUAUGUCAUGUCUGUCUAAGCAAACGGUCGUCUCGGCUGCUCAAUCUGCCCCUAUAGGUUUCCGCACGCCAUUGCCUGUCAACCUCAGAGCUCUCAGUCAGCCUACCCUAGCAUGGCAGAGUAGGCUACGCGGUGACGAGUAAAACGUCCGUGUCUGCUUCGAGCAAACGGAUACCACGCCAAAGAGAGGCACUGGGGGGGUGGAAAUACAACUAACUGUCGCUAAUUUUGUAUUAAGUUUAAGUCAAGGUGACAUUGCUUAUGUUAAGUUAGGAAUUAACUGACCAAUUCAAAUGCUGAGUUCCGUUGCCGAACGUCGAUGACACACAACGUAAACUAAAGUUACACUAGUAAAGAUGUGUCGAGUUACUUGUAAGCCUACUCUUUGCGAUGCCUAAUCACAGUAGAGUGAUUUAUCAGUAUAGUCUACGCCAGCAGGCGUCUUGCAGACGAAUAAUAUAACUUCUCAUACAAACUCAAAUGUCCCUUAAAAUGCGAUUGUGCGGGUGAUUUAGCUCGCUAGCUAACGAUUAGUGUUUUAUUGAGUUGCGCCCGACUUCCUCAGCGCAAGCUGUGCUGUACCUCGAUGGUAAGCAGUGAGGUCGGCGCUCCAGCUUUCCCGGUUGGAUUUACAUAUGUGUAUUUCCGUGGGAAAGGCGAAGGAGCUCCUUCAAUGGCAGUCUUUCAGGAACCGGGAAGGAAACACAACGGGUAACCCAACGCUGGUGGCACGAAAAAGUUUAAAAAUCGUCCUCGCAGGAGUUGGCUUUUGGAACUUUUGUUGGACUACAUUUCCUAAGUGUUGUUUAACUAUUUUGGACCGCCGGCUUCAACAACAACCACUUUCCUGGGGACAUAUUGUUUGUUCGUCGACAGUUGUGGAGUUGUGUGGCUCAGUGGGGCGAUGGCGGGCAGCGGUGGCGUGUCUCCGCCGGGGACUGCUCCUCCUCUGUGGUAUCACCGGGAUCUGAGUCGCGCUGCUGCGGAGGAGUUGCUGGCGCGGGCCGGGCGGGACGGCAGUUUCCUGGUGCGGGAUAGCGAGAGCGUCAACGGGGCAUACGCCCUGUGCGUCCUGUUCCAGAAACAUGUGCACACCUACAGAAUUUUGCCUGAUGAAGAGAACUUCUUGGCAGUGCAGACCUCUCAGGGAGUUCAGCCAAAGAGGUUUCGGACUCUCUCUGAGCUCAUUCAGUUGUAUCUGCAGCCUGGACAAGGCCUGGUGACCACUCUACUGCUCCCUAUAGAGAGAGAGGAGAGUGCUGAAGAGAAGGACUACUCAGAUGGAGAGGACGAGAAGCCCCCACUCCCCCCUCGCACUGCCUCUACCAGCAGCCCAAACUCUGCAGUAGUUGCCCAGGACACGCCCACUGACUGUGCGGUAGCGUCUAACGGGCUGAGUACCAUCUCUCAUGAGUAUCUGAAGGGCAGCUAUGCUCUGGACCUGGAGGCCGUCAAGCAGGGAGCCAGCAACCUGCCCCACCUCAACAAGACUCUGGUGUCGUCCUGCAAACGCCUGCACGGUGAGGUGGAUAAGGUGUUGGCUGGCCUGGAGAUCCUGUCCAAAGUGUUUGAUCAGCAGAGUGCAUCCAUGGUGUCCAGGAUGAUCCAACAGUCAGUGUCUCAGGGUGGCGAUGAGGAACUAGAGCACUUGGUCACCAAACUAGCCAUCCUCAAAGACCUCCUGUCAUCCAUAGAGAAGAAGGCUCUGAAGGCCCUGCAGGACAUGAGUGCGUCCACCCCCAGCAUCCCCCCUCUGGUCUACACCCGCCACAGCAAAAUCAUCCCCGUGCAGACGUUUGAGGUGAAGCUGGAUGUGAACCUGGCGGACCUCACGAAGCUGGGCAAGUCUCAGAAACACACCCUCUCUGUGGAUGUGGAGGCAGGAAAGCUGGUCGUCACCAGGAAGAUCAAGGACUCCCAAGAGGACUGGACCACCUACACACACGACAAGAUUCGGCAGCUAAUUAAGUCCCAGAGGGUGCAGAAUAAACUGGGCAUCGUCUUUGAGAAGGAGAAGGACAGGAGUCAGAGGAAAGACUUCAUAUUUGCCAGCGCAAAGAAGCGGGAAGCGUUCUGUCAGCUGCUGCAGCUUAUGAAGAACAAACAUUCCAACCAGGAUGAGCCUGACAUGAUCUCCGUCUUCAUCGGGACCUGGAACAUGGGCAGUGUCCCCCCGCCCAAGUCGGUGGGCUCGUGGCUGCUGUGUCGGGGGCUGGGCAAGACUCUGGACGAGCUGACGGUGGCCAUCCCCCACGACAUCUACGUGUUGGGCUCCCAGGAGAACUCCGUGUGUGAGCGCGAGUGGGUGGAGGCCCUGCGCUCCGCCCUCAAAGAGCACACCGACAUCGACUUCAAACAGAUUGCAGUGCAGACGCUGUGGAACAUCAAGCUUGCGGUUUUAGUCAAACCUGAGCACGAGAACCGAAUCAGUCAUGUUGGGAUGUCCAGCGUCAAAACUGGCAUCGCCAACACACUCGGCAACAAAGGCGCUGUAGGCGUGUCCUUCAUGUUCAAUGGAACCUCCUUUGGCUUUGUCAACUGCCACCUGACCUCAGGGAAUGAGAAGAUUCACAGGCGUAACCAGAAUUACCUUGACAUCCUGCGUCUGCUGUCUCUGGGUGAUAAGCAGCUCGGCUCCUUCGACAUCUCGCUGAAGUUUACACACCUGUUCUGGUUUGGGGAUCUCAACUACAGGCUGGAUAUGGACAUCCAGGAAAUCCUAAACUACAUCAACAGGAAGGAGUUUGAGCCGUUGCUAAAGGUGGAUCAGCUUAAUCUGGAGCGGGAGAAAAAUAAGGUCUUCCUGCGCUUUGCGGAAGAGGAAAUCUCAUACCCCCCAACGUACCGUUAUGAGCGAGGAUCCCGAGAUACUUACGUCUGGCAAAAACAGAAGGCCACUGGGAUGAGGACUAACGUUCCCUCCUGGUGUGAUCGGAUCUUGUGGAAGUCUUACCCUGAAACACACAUUGUGUGCAACUCCUAUGGUUGUACUGACGACAUCAUCACUAGUGAUCACUCUCCCGUGUUUGGCACCUUUGAAGUGGGCGUGACAUCACAGUUUGUCUCCAAGAAAGGUCUCCCCAAGUCUUCAGAGCAGGCGUAUAUAGAGUUUGAGAGCAUCGAGGCCAUCGUGAAGACGGCCAGCCGAACCAAGUUCUUCAUCGAGUUCUACUCCACCUGUCUGGAGGAGUUUAAGAAGUGUUAUGAGAAUGACUCCCAGUCCAGCGAUAAUGUGAAUUUCCUGCGUGUUGGUUGGUCCAGUAAGCAGCUGACCACCCUUAAGCCCCUCCUCUCUGACAUCGAGUACCUGCAGGACCAACACCUGCUUCUCACCGUCAAAUCAGUGGACGGAUACGAGUCCUACGGAGAGUGUGUGUUGGCGCUCAAGUCCAUGAUUGGCAGCACGGCGCAGCAGUUCCACACAUACCUGUCUCACCGGGGAGAGGAGACCGGAAACAUCCGCGGAUCAAUGAGGGUCCGAGUGCCGUCCGAACGCAUGGGCACACGGGAGAGGCUCUACGAGUGGAUCAGUGUGGAUAAGGACGAGAGUGGACCCAAGAGCAGGUCAACACUGCCCUCUAGAGGUGGACACGAUUACGUCAAACCUUCCCCAAGCCGUAAGCUGGUCGGUGCGGAGUUGAGUAAAGUUGCGGAGGAAGGAGAGAGGACAACAAACAGCCGCCCCCCUCACACACACACACACACAUCAGCUGGGAAAGAAGACAACACACAGACCAGAGUGAAGCAAGACUCUAUGGAGGGCAAGAACAGCUACAAUAACCCCGCCUACUACAUCCUUGAAGGUGUGCCCAACCAAUCAGCUUCAGCUCUGGCCUCAGACCUGCUCCCUAGCCCCGCCCAGCCAUCCACAGCCAGCAAAUCAGCAGCCCCUGCUGCUGGAGGGGCGGGCAAGAGCAAACCGCCCACAGGAGCUCCCGGCCAAUCGCGUCGCCCCAGCACUGGACGCACCGCCGUCCGGCCAAUCAGCGAGGAGGGAUCGUCGGAGGAGGACGUGAGCUCGGGCGUGGUGAACCGCCCCCCCCCUGACUUCCCUCCUCCCCCUCUCCCUAAGAGCGCGCUCGACAUGACGGACAGCUGCUUCUACCCAAUGGGACGAGAGGGCACCAAGGGGCGGGCCUAUCCAGAGCUGCCAGACCUGAAAACCCCGCCCGCAGCAGUGUCUAAGCCACGCCUCUCCCCUGGACUAGCCACACCCCCUGGACUAACCACGCCCCCAGAGAGUGGCUCCUUUAGCCUGGAGCCGCCCACUCUCAGCCCUCCACCCAAUCCGCCGUUCCGCAGGGCGGGGGUGGGCGGGCCGUCGGGGCUGGACGACCAAUCGUGUUCCGUUUUGCAGAUGGCGAAGACGCUGAGUGAGGCCGAAUACCCAGCUGGAGGAAGGGGGUGUGGUCUCAGGCCAGAUGGAGGCGGGGUUGUGCUCAGGGGGGCGGGACUUACCGACGGCUGCAGAACCUUCCCACCACGAGCAAUUCAGGAGGAGACUGGCACUGAGGAUCUGCCAGAGGAGGUGCUGUGGCAGGGAGGCAGCAGUUGCAGCAGUCUGUCAGUAGAGGGCAGUGUUGGCGACUGGCUGCAGCGUCUGGGGCUGGAGUGCUACGAGGAGGGCCUACUGCACAACGGCUGGGAUGACCUAGAGUUCCUCAGUGACAUCACAGAGGAAGAUCUAGAGGAGGCGGGGGUGCUUGACCCCGCCCACAAGCAGAUCCUAUUGGCCAGCCUCAGGCAGCAGCAGAAGUGACCCAGCAGAAUGACCCAGCAGAAGUGACCCAGCCCACUCACCCGCAUCCAAUCAGAUGCUAAUCUGGUGUCCAAUCGGAUCCUAGUUUGCCCUCCGCAGUGUGUCGUGCGCUCUACGCCACUCCACGCCCCGCCAGACCACUUCCUUCCUGGCGCUCACGGACAGGAAGUGAUGUCAUAACAGAGCGCCUCGUCACCCAGGGGCCUGGCUACAUUCCCCAGACAGAGGCUGGACGUUUCAACUCGUAGUGUUCUUUUUAACGAUGACGGACAUUUCUGUUGUUUUAUCUCCUUUGUCAGCUGCAGGUUUGAAUUUUGAGAAAAGGGAAUCACUCUGAGUGGGUAAGAGGGAAUGGUGUGUGUGUGUGUGUGUGUGUGUGUGUGUGUGUGUGUGUGUUUAUGAAAGGAGACUAUUAUUAUUAUGACAAGUGACUUGUGUACUUGACCUGAAACUGUAGUAUUCUCUUUUAGGUAGUACUGGACACACUCAACGUAGAUGAGUGCUUUGGGCAGAACUCCUCCAGCCUUUUCCUCUCUUAAAGAAAUGAAAUGAUUAUUGUGUCUGGAUGUGUCAGCUGGAUUUUAGAUGAAACAAUGACAGUUUUCCUUGAAAGUAUUUUUCUGCAUUUCUCCCUCUCUCCUCUAUCUCCUCCUCCUCUCCUCUCCUCUUUUGUCUCCUCCUCUCCUCUGACCCCUGUACUGUCUAUUUGUUCUGGUCAGUCAUGUGUCCACUAGGGGUCAGUGUUGCACAGUCCUGAGUCCCCCGUCUCAGGAUCCUCUCAGCCCUGUUUCUGCUACAAGUCUGGAUCAGACAGGCCUCUAUCCCUACCUGUGUGUGCGUGUGUGUGUGUGCGUGCUCUGCAGUGUGGUUCUGUAGUCCAGCUCUGGGCCACGUGUGUGAGAUUCAGCAGCUGGUAGGGUUCUGAUGGGCCGGAAUGCCCCGGGGGUUCUGUUUGCGCUUGAUCUCUAUGGAAACGUGGGAGAAUCAGAACCCUAUCAGACCAAACAAUGGAAUCUGAACCCUGUCCUUGGUGUUUCCAUGACUACCAGAAUUACCACAAAUUAACACAAGAAUGGAGUCUCCUGUUUUAUGGGUUUAAUGGCAGUUAUAUUUUUGAGCUAAUGGAUAUAACUGCUGCAAUCUUUCUCAUUUUUAUAUCUGUAUCAAAUGACCCUCCCCAUCCCCCACCCACCUACAAACACACACACACACACAUGCGUAAGGUUGGCACUUUUCUUGGGUUAGGUCUUGUCUUGUCUACGUUGAGAGUUGAGUUGAGAAGUGUUUGUGUAGGAAGUGAUCCCUGCUGACUGAUGUGUCUAAUCCUCUGCCUGUUGCGCCACCCUGACUGAAUGAAGCUUCUGUCUCCAGGCUUAAUGUCUAACUGUUCUUUUACUGGUUGUUUCUCACAGAAAUAAAACUAACUCUUCCCGUA